CAGGGGAGUUGGACAGGCCGAAAGGAUCAAGUAUUCAAAUUGCCCCCUGGGGGUAUUAAAUGCCGUUUUCCACUCAUCCCCCUCCCUUAUGCGGACCAAAUGAUAAGCGUUACGUAGAUCUAAUUUCGUGAAAAGAGAUGCUCCCUGCAACCGUUCAAAGGCUGAAGCCAUCAGCGGCAAAGGAUAAGUAUUCUUUACUGUGAUGUUGUUCAGCCCCUGAGGGAUUUACAUGUCAUAAAUGUAGGGAAAUAGUCAGGCUGACAGAGAGAAUCUCAGAAUUAGAGACACGCAUCCAAACUUUAAUCGAGGAUAGUAAGAAUGCAAGGGCUUCAGAUACUGUUUUGGAUGCGACUAGCUUAGUGAACUCUGUACAUUGUUCGGUUCCGGCUGUAGAGCCCGCGCAGCAGGGCACUUGGGUAACGGUGAGGCGGCCUAGCCGCGGAAAACACCACUCUUCCGUUCCAAUAAGAACAUCAAACAGGUUCUCUCCACUCAGUGAUACACCCACUGAGAAUCCUGUUGAAAGUGCCCUAGUUAUUGGCGAUUCUAUUACAUGGAACGUGAAAAUAGAGACACCAGCCACCAUAGUCACAUGUUUGCCGGGAGCCAGAGCACCUGACAUCAAAGCAAAUUUAAAAGUGCUGGCUAAUGCUAAUCGUAAAUACUCUAAGAUUAUUAUUCACGUCGGCACUAAUGAUGUUCGACUUCGCCAGUCGGAGAUCACUAAAAUUAACAUUAAAGAGGUGUGUGAACUCGCAAGUACAAUGUCAGGAGAAGUAAUUUGCUCUAGCCCCCUUCCUGUUCGUCGGAGUGAUGAGAUAGUUAGCAGAUUAUCAUCACUCAAUGGCUGGCUGUCUAAGUGGUGUCCGCAAAAUAAUAUAGGUUUCAUAGACAAUUGUUUUUGGGGCAGACCUGACCUGUUGAAAAGAGAUGGUAUUCAUCCCUCCCGGGAUGGUGCUGCUCUUCUCUCUAGUAAUAUGGCACAUAGUCUUAGAACUGAAACAUGACAAACUGGGGCCCAAGUCAGGAAGCAGACAGACUGGCUAAACCGACCGUCUGCUAGCUGCCUCACGUUACAGAAGUCAGAAAAUUCAGAUAACUCCCAACACAUAGAAACUCUUACACCUAGAUAUUUUCAAAUAGAGACUGUGUCUGUACCCCGAAUUAGUAAAAACAAAAAACUUCCAAACUCAUUUAAUGGUAAAAAUUUAAUUGAUGUUCAACAAAUAAAAAAUAGAGAUAAUAAUGCUAAACAAAUGAUAAAACUCGGGUUGUUAAAUAUUAGAUCCCUUUCUUCAAAAUCACUUAUUGUUAAUGAUAUUAUCAAAGAUAAUAAUCUAGAUGUGCUGUGUUUGACAGAAACUUGGCUAAAACCGGACGAUUACAUUACUUUAAAUGAGUCUAGUCCUCAAGGUUAUGAUUAUCGACACAAUGCCCGUCAGAAAGGCAAAGGGGGAGGUGUUGCUGUAAUCUAUAGUAAUAUUUACAGUAUUAGUCAAAAGUCUUUCAAAUAUAAUUCCUUCGAAGUAAUGGUACUUUACGUAACAUUAUGUAGGUUGACAUUUGUGCUGGCUACUGUAUACAGGCCACCAGGACACCAUACAGACUUUAUCAAAGAAUUUGCUGAUUUUCUGUCGGAGUUAGUAUUGGCUGCAGAUAAAGUCCUUGUUGUUGGUGAUUUUAAUAUCCAUGUAGAUAAUAAGAAAGACGCAUUAGGAUUGGCAUUUGCAGAUAUUCUAAACUCUAUUGGUGUUAGACAACAUGUGUCAGGACCCACUCAUUGUCGUAAUCAUACUUUAGAUCUAAUAUUGUCACAUGGAAUCGAUAUUGAUGCUGUUGAAAUUCUGCAGCAGAGUGACGACAUCUCAGAUCAUUAUCUAGUCUCGUGUAUACUACAUUUAGUCAAGGCGGCUAAACUGCCUCCAUGCCAUAAAUAUGGUAGAACCAUCACUUCUACCACUAAAGAUCACUUUAUAAAUAAUCUUCCUGAUCAGUUUCAUCGCCUUAGCAUACCAGAAAGCUUAGAAGACCUCGAUGUUGUAACAGAAACUAUUGCCUCUGUCUUUUCCAGCACAUUAGACUCAGUUGCUCCUUUGCGCUUAAAAAAGAUUAAGGAAAUUAAUCCAAUGCCAUGGUACAAUGAGCACACUCGGGCCCUAAAGUUAGCAGCCAGAAAAAUGGAGCGCAGCUGGAAGAAAACAAAACUAGAAGUAUUUCGCAUUUCGUGGAGAGAGAGAAUGAUUGAGUACAGAAAGGCCUUAAAAUCUGCUAGAUCUGCUUAUUUUUCAAAACUUUUAGAAGAAAAUAAACACAACCCUAGGUAUUUAUUUGAUACAGUGGCUAAAUUAACAAGAAAUAAAGCUUCAACUUCUGAUGUUUCCAAAGAGCACAGCAGUAAUGACUUUAUGAACUUCUUUACUUGCAAGAUUGAUAAUAUUAGAGAAAAAAUAAUAACCAUGCAACUGUCUAUUACAGUAUUGCGUCAGAUAGGGCAUUGUAGUGUCUCUGAGGAAAAAUUCAGUUAAUUUACUGCUUUAGGAGAGGAAGAAUUGUCUAAACUUGUUAAAUCAUCAAAAUCAACAACAUGUAUGUUAGACCCAAUACCGACUAAGCUAUUGAAAGAAAUGCUUCCAGAGGUUAUAGAUCCUCUUCUUAAUAUCGUCAAUUCAUCUUUAUCACUAGGAUACGUACCGAAAACUUUUAAGCUGGCUAUUAUUAAACCUCUUAUUAAAAAACCACAACUUGAUCCUAGAGAAUUAGUCAAUUACAGGCCGAUCUCAAAUCUCACUUUUCUGUCAAAAAUACUAGAAAAGGCAGUAUCAUCACAGCUAUGUUCCUUUUUAGAAAGAAAUGGUAUCUGUGAGGAUUUCCCGUCAGGAUUUAGACCGUACCAUAGUACUGAGACUGCUCUCAUUAGAGUUACUAAUGAUUUGCUCUUAUCAUCAGAUCGUGGUUGUAUCUCUCUAUUAGUGUUACUGGAUCUUAGUGCAGCAUUUGACACUACUGAUCACAAUAUUCUUUUAAAUAGACUCGAAAAUUAUGUUGGCAUUAGUGGAAUUGCAUUGUCAUGGUUCAAAUCAUACUUAUCUGACCGUUAUCAGUUUGUAGUAGUAAACGAAGACAUGUCAUAUCGAUCACAAGUUCAAUAUGGAGUACCACAAGGCUCAGUACUAGGACCGUUGCUGUUCACUCUGUUCAUGCUACCCUUGGGAGAUAUCAUUAGGAAGCAUGGCAUUAGUUUUCACUGUUACGCUGAUGAUACUCAGCUCUAUA